AGUAACUAAUCUCUACAUCAUCUGAAACACCUACACGAGAUAAUUUUGGCUUCGUGGGGAAAUCCACACAAUGUAGAAUCGAUGAACGUGUACAAACGAUUUUUUGAAAUCGGACAAGAAGGGGGCGGACACGAUAUAUUUAGCUUACGCAAGCCUAUUUGAUGCAAUUGACAAACUAAAAUAUAUAUUUUAAAUUAUAACUCAGCCUAUUCUGCUAAUCAUAUCUCAACAUUUCAACACAGAUAUUAUUUUCCGUAUCGAUUAACGAGCUAGUUUUGGGGUACCAUCUGCUGGUCCAACGGUCUACCUGAUGAGUAUGAGCGAGACUACAGAACCUUCUAAUGAUGCUCCCACUCUUACUGAAGCCCAAAAUACCCCUGCACCCACUGCCGUCAUUCCCUCUGCACCUACAGCCCCCAGCCAGUCUGAGGUGACGAUGACAACACAGGCUGAGAAGACGGAGGAGAAGAAGCCUGAGGAUGUGGUUGCCGUGGAGGAAGAGGAGGAGGAGGAGGAGUAUGUGGUGGAGAAGGUCCUGAAUAGACGAGUGGUGAAAGGGAGGGUGGAAUACCUUCUUAAGUGGAAAGGCUUUUCAGAUGAUGACAACACGUGGGAGCCAGAGGAUAAUUUGGACUGUCCUGACCUGAUUGCACAGUUUCUGCAGAAACAGAAAUCAGCCCAUGAGUCUGUAGGCAAGAGGAAGUCUGCAGGGCCUAGCGCGGAAGGGGAGGAAAGUCGACCCAAGAAGAAAAAAGACGAUCCAGAGAAACUAAGGGGCUUUGCUCGAGGCUUGGAUCCAGAAAGGAUCAUUGGUGCCACCGACUCAACUGGGGAACUCAUGUUCCUCAUGAAAUGGAAAAACUCUGAUGAAGCAGACCUGGUUCCGGCUAAGGAGGCAAACGUGAAGUGUCCACAGGUGGUCAUCUCCUUCUAUGAGGAGCGACUCACGUGGCACUCUUAUCCCACCGAGGAGGAGAAGAAGGACGACAAGAACUAGCCACUUGGAGAGAUGUGAGGUGUCAAGCUGGUUCUGAAGACUAAAUAGGUAGUCUCCAGGGCGUAUGGGGCUCUAGACAGAGGGUCUGAGACAAGCAAGACAGCAUUUGGACUCCCUUUUUGGCGUAUUAUCACCCAUCAGGUUCCACUAUCUGGAUAUAUCAGUCAAUACAGGCUAGGUGUUCUCGAGGAAACACAACCUUGGAAGAAAUAUAUAAUGCAGUGUUAAUUUUGUAAGAUUCACUCCGGUGAUGGUUUAUUUGGAUACUACAAGAUAAUUUUCACACAGCACUUGACUGAGGUCCAGGUCUUUUUGCUAUGACAUUACUGUAAAGUGGAGAUGUGUUAUCAUUCAUAGUCUUGUGAACAAGAUAAUGGUGCCAUUUUGUCUUUUAACUUAAAUGUUUUGUAGCUUUUAGUGCAAAACAACAUUAAUCUUUGCUUAUUUUGUGAAGGUUUAAUUAGUGUACGUAGGUGCAAAAAAACUAUUGAAAUCCUUUUUUACUUUGCUCAUUUGUCCAUCGUAUCAUUCUAACAUUUUCAUGAACAGGUCUUGCUUGUCUGUUUUUGAAGAAUAAACCACUUUUUGUUAGAAUUA